ACAGAGUCUAAAGCGCCGAAAGACAGUGAAAACUGGCGUAAAGCAACUUUAAUCAGCACAUGAGAUCGGAUUUUUGCAAUUGGGGGCGUGUCUCAAAAAGAUGUUCAAGGGAGAGAGAGAGAGGUUAUGGUGCAAAAUGUGUUAAUUACUACAUAAUUGCAAAUUAAUACACUUCACAAAGUUUGGGUUCGCGAUGGAAGAUUCAGAGAGUUCUAGUGAGAUGCCUUCGUACAAAGUUACCUCGGAAAUAUAUAAAGAAAAUAAAUAUUCUGACCAGGCUAUAGGAGGAAACAAUAGGAUUUCUAAAUUUAUCUUCAAACAUCCUCCCUUUUUAAUUAAACAACUUUUCGAAAAACAAAAACCAAGGUAUGAUAAAGAUGGAGAUUUGAUCGUGGAACGAGAAAAAGAAGGAACAUUGUCAAUAGAACACUGUACCUCUACCGAAUUGAAGUUAGUAGGCUUGCAACUUUGGCGAGGAGCAUUUUUACUAGCAGAUUUUAUUCUAGCAAAUCCUGAUCUCUUUAAAGACAAAACUAUCCUAGAAUUGGGUUCAGGUGUCGGCCUUACCAGUAUUAUUGCCAGCAGUGUAGCAAAAAAAGUGAUAUGUACAGAUGUGAAUAUAGGAGACAUUCUGAAACUUAUAGCAAGAAACUUUGAAAAUAACAAACAGUACGUUAAGUGCAAAGUUAACAUAGCAGAAGUGAAUUUCUUGAACCUUAAAUGGGCUAAAGAACUUUGCAAAGAUUUUAAGACUGUCGACAUUAUUUUAGCAGCUGAUGUAAUCUACGACGAUAGUAUCACCGAGGGAUUCGUAAAAACUUUAGGUAAACUUUUGGAUCCCAAACCAUCAACAAUCGCUUAUGUCGCCUUGGAAAAGCGAUUCGUUUUCACGAUUUCUGAUUUGGAUUCCGUCGCUCCAAUGUACGAGGAAUUUUUAAGAUGCGUUGCCAGAAACAAUUUCAAUUGGACCAUUGAAGAAAUAAAACUGGAUUUUCCUAAAUAUUUCCAAUAUGAAAGACUGAAACAGAUGCUUCUGAUGAAAAUAAAAAGGGCACCUUAGCAGUGAAACAAACAAUUAAUUUAAUCAUCCCAAUAAUGAACAAGAAUGUUUUAUUAAUAAAAAAUUUCGCGCACAGUAACACUUAAAUUUUGCUUACAGACUUUUUAAAACUUUUAAAACUAAUUUAAAUUUUACUUUACAAGCACAACAGUAAAUUUCGAAAUUGUCACACUCCAGACACUUUUCCACACCCAAAAGCAAAAUUUUCUUGUGCUUAUCGAUGUGAAAAUACCUUUCUGUUAAUAUACUUUAAGCAUAAAACAGUAUUAUAAAAUUAACAAAUCAACAACAAAAACUCCACUAAAAAUUAUAAAACUUGUAUACUAACUCAGAUUUUUAAAAAUAGAAAAAAAACUCAUCAGAAAAUGAGAUUUGUGUAAGUGCUGUACAAAUUAGAUAAGAAAAUAAAUAUUUCUUUUUUUCA